GGGGGCGUGGUGUUUAGCGGAAGUGCAGGUGGAUUAUCGGGUUGAGCGUCAGUCUGAUACAAAACACAGAGGAUAUCAAAUAUGGCUCUCAACAAGAAUCAUUCGGAAUCUGGGGGUGUUAUUAUCAACAACAGUGAGAGUCUUCUCAUGUCAUAUGAGAAUGUUGAGUUGAUGUUUAGUGAAGCUGAAGGUUUGCCAGAACCCUUUAGAAAAAGCAAGAAGGGCAGCGUCUACCUUACACCAUACAGGGUGAUUUUCUUGGCUAAAGGAAAAGAGCCUCUCCAGUCCUUCAUGAUGCCGUUUUACCUCAUAAAGGGUUGUGAGGUUAAACAGCCGGUACUCGGAGCGAAUUACAUCAAAGGGUCAGUCAGCGCUGAGACUGGAGGUGGCUGGGAAGGUUCUGCAAGCUUUAAGUUGAUCUUCAUAGCCGGAGGAGCCAUUGAGUUUGGACAGUACAUGCUACAGGUGGCAGCGCAGGCAUCCAGAGGUCAGCCAGUGACCGGUCACUUUGGCUGCCCUUACAUGGCGAACGGAGCGUAUGCGUACCCUCCUCCUCCUCCUGCAAAUGGCAUGUAUUCUGCUGGAGCUCCGCCACCUGGAUACGCCUACCCUGGACCUCCACCACCAGGUGGAUUUUACCCUCCUGGGUUUGAUGGACCAGCAGCCUAUAUGCCACCCCCACCAUAUUCAGGUCCAAUGGACCCGUCUCUUUUCGACCCAGACCUGCCCAGAACCCCUGCAGCGGAGGCAAAAGCUGCUGAAGCUGCAGCGAGUUCAAGUACCACUUUUGCUCCAGCGCGGGUUUACCUGCCGGAGGACAAACCUCCUCCAUACUCCCCACCUGAAGACAAAAAGAACCAGUAACCAUCUCUACAGACAUCAUGUCCUCUCGUCUCUCUCUUCAUGUCAUCCUCUCGUUCUCUAAUCAUCUCCAGCCUCAGUUAACACUUCUCUGGUACAAACACCCCAUGUGUCUGAAUGCAUUGACCGGGGUCUCCAGUGAGGCUCUGCAUUAAUAUCACCUGUCCUAUGAAGAGAGAUACAAGAAUGAAACACCUUUAGUGAAUUAACAGCUUGUGAAUGAGAGGGAUUUGGACUUUACAACUGUUAGCUUUCUAGCUGUGAGGAACAAACCGACAGUAAAUGACUGAGCUUUUUAAUUCAGCUUUUCUGAAUUUGGACAACAUAGUUUAACAUAGUACUUUAUGACCUGACAGAUUUUGUAUAGAUUGAAGCAAUGAAUACAGUAUAAGUGUUUUGCCAAUUGCACAAGCGUUUAGGGCCCAAAAAACAAAGCUUUUUCAAGAAGUUUUUGCUGAUACCCAUUCAGAGUUGAUUUGUCAUUCUUACUCGAUUUCUGUAUUUAUUAGUAUUUGCUGUUUGCUUGCAUAAAGUUGCUGAACUUUUUCGCAUCACCAACAUCGCCUGAACUUGCACAACACGAAUUGAAAUGAUUUCUGGAUGCUGCAGAUCAAUCUCAAUGUGAACGCCACUACACUUCACAUGUAUUGCUUAUUAAAUCUGUUUGAAACCAGCAGACACUACAUCAUGUUUAUGUACUGUACCUAUUCAGAUUAUAUUCUCUUCAGCUUGUACUCUGUAGUCUCGCACUUUAGCCCUCCUGCACCUUCAGUCUCCUAAAUACAAUGAAUUUAUUCCUUCAUUUAUUUAUUGAAAUAUGUGAUUACACAUGUUGUCAACUGUAUUGUCUUAUUUAAACGUCAUUUUAUUAAAGUAAACCUGUACAAGUGGAA